GCGCGCGGUGGCGGCAGCGAGGGGAGUGGGGUUGGGCCUGGUGUGCGCGCAGGGGGCGGUUGGGGCUGAGGUAAGCCGGAGCGAUGGCGGUGGCAACGGGCCUGGCGCGGCUGCCCGCGGUGUGCAACCAGCGGCUGGCGGAGCUCCUGAGGCAGGUGGACGACGUCGACCUGUUGUGGCUGGAAGAGAUCCACGAGGAGGCGGCCAGGAUGUUCGGCAGCCACUACAGCGACCAGCCGGAGCUGAUGCCGAAGACGCCGUCGCAGAAGAACCGGAAGAGGAGGAAGCGGCCGUCCGCUCUGCGGGGCGAGAGCCUGGAGCUGGGCAGGAGGAGAUUAUCUAGAAGGAGGACUAACAACCUCAAAGCGGUGUCCUCCAAGAGAGAUUCUCAGCGACUCCAAAAUAAAGAAGACACAGAAGGACUCGGCACCGAGGCCCAAGAACUCUCAAGCCAAACUGUCUCCCGGCGGUUGACAAGAUCCCAGGUUGCUGCACCUGCCGACCGCUCAGAGGUCCUUCCUGAACAUCUCAGAGAAAGGGUAGUUCCCGUAGUAGAAAUCAGUGUCUGUGAUCGCAUUAGCGCUGAGUUUCAGUUCCAGAAGUGUGCAUCUGAACGAGCAGAGAACCACUCCGCAAGCCUCCCCCCGAGCUCAGAUGACAAGUCUCCAAAGGAGAGCAGUGCUGCAGAAUCACAGCCUUUGCCUGCUGCAUCUGAGCUCAUAGUCCCUCAUACCCCAGAGGCAAAAGGUGCAGGAAAGAACAAGAGCGCAUUUAAGAAGACAGCAAAUGUAGCUGAUACUACAGUUGUUUUAAGUGAAAAAGAGCUCGGGCUGGAAGAGGUGGAUGACUCUGCUCAGGUGCAAAAGCAUAAUGAGAGGGAUGAUAAAGAACCUUCUCAGCGUACAACAGAUAGCCCGGAAACUCCGACAGGCUCCAGGCUAAGCCGUCGCUCUGUGCGUAGAAGUUUGAUGGGCAAACCUUCCACGAUUCGUAGAACCUCACUGGCAGAGAAAUACUCACUAGCCCGUAAGAGGGAAAGCACUAUUCGGAAAUCUAUCGCCAGGACAGUGAUCAAGCGUAAGGCGCCCCAAAAGUUAUCUGUGUCCUCCAGUUCCGUGAAUGGCUCGGGUUCUGAAGAGGUGCCAGAAGAUGAAGAAACAGUUGUCAACGCUGGACCACCUCCUGUACCUCAGACCCCUCCAAAGCUGGAUUUCCAAGGCCUGCGGAUGUCACUUCGCUCUCAGACUGUCAACAGAAAUGAACAACAGCAGGAGACGAGCAACAACGAAUGUGACUUAAGUAAGAGUGAGAAGACCCAGGAACCACCCCAAAGUGCCAGGAGAAAGACAAGUUACAAAAGAGCUGUGGAUCAACGCUAUGACACCCAGCAAGCAGAAGAUGGAGGGCUUUCUCCUCUCAGAAAAAAGACUCCAUCCCCUCCAUGUCCGGCUAGCAAAGUUGUACGUCCUUUCAAAACAUUUUUGCACACCGUGCAGAAGAAUCAGCUCCUAAUGACCCCAAGCUCUGUGGGGAGAAAUGGAGUAAUAAAGUCUUUUAUCAAGUACAACACGCCUCUCCAACAUGACCCCAAGGAAAAGGAGAGACAAAAACUGCAGGCUCUGAGAAAGAAGGAAGAGGCUGAGCAGUUGAGAAAACAAAAAGUGGAGGAAGAAAAGAAACGGCGACAAGAAGAGGCAAAGUUGAGGCGUGAAGAACGCCUGCGUAAAGUGUUGCAAGCUCGGGAACGGGCAGAGCAAUUGGAAGAAGAGAGGAAAAGGCGCAUUGAGCAGAAGCUAGCUCUGUUUGAUGAGAAGACAGAGAAGGCGCGGGAAGAAAGACUGGCAGAAGAGAAGAUCAAAAAGAGAGCAGCUGCCAAGAAAAUGGAAGAAGCGGAGGCCCGGCGCAGGCAGGAUGAAGAGGCCAGAAAACAAAAAGCACUGCAGCAGGAGGAAGAGGAACGUCGGCACAAAGAGCUAAUGCAGAAGAAGAAAGAAGAGGAGCAGGAACGUGCCAGGAAAAUUGCUGAGCAGAGGCAGGCAGAACAGGAGAGAGAAAAACAGUUGGCUGCAGAGAGAGAGCAGGAGAGGAAGAAGGAGCAGGAGAGGAAGAAGGAGGAGGAGAGGAUUCAGGCAGAAAAGCAACGUGAACAGCAAGAGAAGGCAGCUCGCCUGCAGAAGGAAGUAUUGGCUGCUAAAGAACAGCUCCAGAAGGAGAUGGAGAAAAAAGAAAAGGAAGAGCAGUUGCUAGCAGAGAUGAAGAGGCAGGAGCAAGAACAGAAGAAACUACCAGAGGAACAAAAGGCUAAAGAUGUAGCCCAAACACAGCACCUAGAAAACAAAGAGAAUUCACCUGCCUGCAAUUCAUACCAGAUGACUCCACAGUACCAUAAAGAUCCAAAGCCCCCCAAGAUAAAUCCAAAUAACUAUGGAAUGGAUCUGAACAGUGAUGAUUCUACUGAUGAUGAAAGCCAGCCUCGCAAACCCAUCCCUGCCUGGGCCAGUGGGAAUCAGCUUAGCCAAGCAGUAAUCCGCCAGUACUACAACCCUCCCAAUGUUGAUGCACUCUUUGGGACCAUUGUAAGCCCCAAGUUGGAGGACAUCUUUUACAAAAGCAAACCACGCUACUUCAAGCGCACCAGCUCUGCUGUGUGGAACUCCCCACCAUUUCCAGGUGCCAAAUCGGUUCUAGGUCUGCCAUACAGCCUGAAAAAGUACUGAGGUGGACAGUAGCUGUCUCCUGUGGAGCAAUAAUGUGCAUUUUUGUCUCUCUAGGUGAGAAGAGAGUUACUGUUCAGUAUCCCUAAGUCUUUAGGCACUAGCAUUGAAUAAAUGUCAGCUCUGACUAGGUCUCUGACUGCAUUUUCUAUUUUGGAGGCUUGUUUUCUCACUGAGCAAAGUUGCAGGCUUUGGGGAGAUCUUGCUUCUGAACGGUGCAUCUCCUUUUUCAUUCAGCUUUAAGUUGGCAAAGAUUUAGGCUUAUAGGUCAUGAGAAUGCAUCAUCUAAAGCAAGCGUGAUUGUUGUCUUCAGCCAAGCAGGCCUGGCAGCUGAUGUAUGCAGUAGAAAAAGGUAUGUCAGUAAUGUUCCUGCCUCUCUGUGGCUGAAGCUAGCGUAUUGUACAGCUAAUGACCACUGCACACAUCUUGAGUUGAGUCCAAAACACUACUGAUGUCCUUAAGAACAAAGGUAUUAGCAGCCAUGGUCUUCAUCUCCUGCAAAUUGCAAAAUAAUUUGGUUUGGUUUUCAUUAGUAUGCUCUACGUCAACAUGAAAUGCAUUUAUGUGCAUAAGCUAUAUUGAUGAUGAUGUUACUGCAGCCCAGGAGGAAAUAUCCUGAGGAUUUUAAUGACCAUUCUUCUGUUGUUGGAGAGAGAUGUGACCCUGGAGUUAAUCGUGUCUCCAGGAAUACCCAGAGUAGCAUAAGUAAUCUUUGUACUUCUAGCAGUCUUUCAAAUAAAUUAUACACAGGUUUUGAUAUUUUUUUCUCUAAUUUAAAUUCCAUGUUUGUGGCAGAUUGGAUUAAAAGGAUGGUUUUACUUAGCUUUAAUCCUUGUCUUGCUCCUUUCUCCCCUUAGGUAUUUCACUUACUCAGCAUCAAAGCUGACUUUAUUUUUAGGUCUUCACUUUGCACUUGCUCAGUAAAGCAAUGUCAAAACAGUUUCCUCAUAACAGCAAAAUAUGAGCUCAGAAUUUUAGCUCUAAGAUCACUUGGUGUUCUAGUCUACAAGUUUCUGUAUAGAGAGAACAGAAGCGCAAAUAGGGCAGUGACAUUUUUCAAGGAAGCAGUUACCUUAAUUUCUAUAGGCUGCUGUGGAAGUCUGUCUUCUGCAAAGUAGGCAAAAUAUAUGAUUCUUACCUCAGAAUCAUCUUUUUUGGGAGGCUUGAUUUGUUUUAAAGGUGGGUGAGCAAUCAUGGCUGCAACCUCAGUCAGGAGACUGAGGACACUGUACAUACAGCUUGGUCGCUUAAAAAAACUAUGGAGAUUAUGUAACAUGAAAGGAGAACUGCAUAUUUCUUUGUGCAUUAACUGUUUUGCAAGCAAAUAUCUUUAAAAUCCAUGUUUUUAUACUUACAACAUCUAUCGGGUUUGUAUUUGCUGUUGAUCAGUGUGUUCUGUGAGAUGAUUGUGCUUUCAUAAACGUUCAGUAGAUUGAGUUUUGUACUAUGAUCUAAGAAUGAGGAAUGCUUGUUGACAUGACAAAGUUGAAUGCUGUCUGAAUGUCUGAAUCUCUGGUUCUUGUCUGGACUCAUCGUGGCUUUUUAUCAAAAAAAUGUACAGUAUUUUGGAACCUGUCCUUCUGGGUUGUAUUUUACACUGUUUCCUUGCGAUAAAUGUGUGUUGUCCUUGAAGAAACUCCUCGUAUAGCAGAAAAGACUCAUGCUUUGAUAAACCUGCACAAUUGGCCAAACAGUUUACUGUUGUUUUGUUUCUGGGAACUGGAAAGAAGACUGUUUGGUAUGAUGAUAGAUUCCCAGAAAUACAUUCCUGUAAUUCACAACAAUAUCUCUCUCUCUGUAUGUUCAGAAUUGCUAUUCCCACACGGAGCAGGAACUUCAGCCACAAUAUUCAACCACAGUGCUAGUAUUUAAAAACAAGCAAGAACCCCACAAGUAGAAAUUCUAGGCAAUUACAACCUGAAGAUUUUAAGAAAGUUAUUUUGGCUCUUGAUUUCAGGUAUUUUUUCUUAACUGUGAUUCCUGCUUGCUCGGGCAGUAUUUCCUGAGCUCCAAGUGCAUAUGUUUUAUGGUGCUGUCUGGUUCUAGGUUUGCGUGGGACCAUGUUUGCUCCCAUGAUAUAAAACAGGAAAAUAGGAUUACUGCAGCACUGUAAGCCUGUGAUCCUGUAAGUCUGUAGAGGCAGGUAAGCCAUAUCUGUGGAGAGGAAUACAGAAAAUGAAAUACAGGAUCUAGAGUCUAAGGAAUCUAAGUGGCCUUGAGAUACUGGAAUAUUUCCUAUUAUCUAUCAGUUUAUUACUCGUCUCUGGCAAGUCCAAAAAAGAGUAGGUGGGGCAGCUGUUGAUAUUCUUCCUAGCCACGUUGAGUGUUACAGAUACCCUUGUGAACAAGGAAUACUGGCAAUUCAAAAAGCCAAACAAAAAGUUGAGAAAGCAAAUUCUUGGCAAAGAGAAAAAUCACUUCCAGUCUUCACGGACCACUUAAGCUUAGUAAGAAUGAAAGAAUCUGUAAUUGAUUUUUUUUUACUGUUCUAUCUUGACAAUGAUGAGAGUCUGACCUUGAGAAGACUCCAAAGCAAGCACUCAAAGGAUUAUUACUGUGCCAUUUUACUCUUACACCACCAACUUCAUCAAAAUUACCUGGGAGUCUUGCUUCUGUCAGACACUUCAGAUUCAUCGUUGAAGGUAAGCAGCAUGUGACUUCAUGCAAACUUCUACAAGUAAGUAGAGAAGGCAGCUAGCUCUUCUGAGAUAGGCAAUUGUGGUUCAGUUUUGCUUAGAGCAACUGAGUAGAGGGGAAGGAGAGGGGAUUUUACCUUUCUUGCCAUAUCUGCCAAGCAGUACAGGACUGGUUUAGAAAUAGGAGCCAGGACCUCUCAGUACAGUUUCAAGAUGAUGCUGACAUGUCAAAGCACUUAUUUCAUGUCUGUCCACAGGUGGGGUCCUGAGCCAGGAGCCAUACCUGGUUCCCACUUGGGUUCAGAGGUGCUGAAAAGCUAAGUUUAAGGAGCUAGUGCUAUUCAAAAUCACUUUUAAGUGCGUAUGAUAGCUUGGUGUCCCAGCCAAAGCCUUACCCUUUCCAUCUGCCUCUUUACACUAACUAUUUACUCUGGCAUUCCCUUUCCUAUAUUAAACAUCUGAAUAUGCUUUCUUCUUAGAAUUAGAAUAAAUCUGGUUGUGUGUUCAUUGUGGCUAAUGCAUUUUUUGGCCUCCCCUGAUUAAGGCUUCUUGGGGCUGACUAAGGAGAAUGGCUCUGUCCAGUGUAGCCUGCUACUUUCCAGGUUAAAAUGGCAGUGGGAAGAAAUGCUGCGCACUGGUGAAAUCAGCAUCUCUAAUUUCUUGUAACUUUCCAUUUCCAAGUGCCAAGCCCACCUGCAGGCUGCCUUUUGGUGCAGGUGGCUGCCUGUCCUCCACGAUUGUUUGCACUGCACUACAAAUUGACUGCUAGAACAACAAACAAAUGAACAAUCCUUUUGGGGCAGGCCAAACCAAAUUCUGCUAUUUCUUGCCUGGAGAGUGUUGUGUUUAUUGGGCCCUGUAACUUAAAAUGCUUGCUAAGAAGGUGGUUUUAAGUCUUUGCUUGUGUCCUGUAGGAAGUUUAAGCAUUUCUCUUUCUGUGUUUUCUCCACCCUGUACUGCUGCCUCAAUCAGAGUGGGAAGGUGCUGCACAAGUCAGGAUUUGGCUCUCCCCUGUCUUUACUCUGGCCUAGUCUGACCAAUGCUUGUAUCACAGCACCCUUAAGACAAUAAAGACCCACAAAGAGAAGUUACACAUGUCACUGGGCACAACCAGACUUGCUUCUAGACUUAGUUGUUGUAAGACUAGUUAAAUCUUUCAGUGUGUGGAUUCUAAAUGAGAGUUGGAAAGUUAAGAUGUUUAUCUGCCUGCUUUCUAGCUUGUCAAACCUACACUUAAUGAAGAGACAACCCAACAAAAUAACAUGCACUGCUUGCUUUUCAUCACCAUGGCAUUUCCCACAGCAGAUGAUUCCUUCAACAGAGCAGCAGCCCAGGUCUGUUUCAGUGGCUUCAAUGCUCUCCCGUCUCCCAAAUGCCCACCUACUCACUUCUCAGCCCCUGCUGCUGUCUGUCAGGUGUUGCUCUAGGCCAGUGCCAUGUUCCUGAGCCAAGGGUCCCAUUUGGGACACUCAGGCUAUGCUGCUCAUUGUUCAAGUGCAGGGGAUGAUGACAGCUCAUUUUAUAGCCUACAAAAGGCUUCAGUUUCAGUUCUCACAUACGGAUGCACUGGGUCAAGUUCUGCAAUGGUUACAAACAGCUCGCCUGAAUUACCUGUCCUCCUGCCUGUGCAUAGCAGCAUUCACACAACACAAAGCAGUUUAACUGCUAGUUUGCUGAACUCGUGGGUUUCUGACAUGAUUACACCCAGCAGACAGCUCCCAUGACUUUCUACGAGCAAGGAUAAUGCUGUUGGGAAAGACAAGUUUGGUGUAAAGACUGCAGGGGGUCAAAAUGAACAUUUAUUGCUGACAGUGUAGAAUUUGUUUCCAAAUGAUAUUUAAAUCAGAGGAAGAAACUAAUCUCCCUGCAGAGCUUCUGCUGGGACUGCAAUGCCAUCUGUGCAGUGACCACAGGCAAGAAAAUCCCAGUCUUCAGAAAACUGGCAUGUGCUAAACUAUGGUUAGCUCAAAUAUAAUUAGUUCUAUGCAUCUGUUUUGAAGUUGAGUGAAGAAUGAUCUAUAGAUCAGUCUCCAUCCACAUGAGACUCGUUUAACUACUGUCCUUUUCUUACCAAUGUAUGCCUUGACAUUUUUCUCAUGCUAAGUAUCUGUCUCCAAACCAAGUGCUAGGAUAUAUACAGCAAACCCAUAGCUUUUUUUUUUUGCCAUGCCAACAAUAUAUUUUCAGCUCUACAUCCUCUACUAUAUUUUCAGAUUUGAAAAUAUGCAGUGUUUUUCUGACACCAAAUGCAUUUCAUGAAUGAAAUGGGACUUGUCCACCCCUUACCAUGUGCAGGACUGUGAAUCUUGGCAAGCAUAUGUCCACAUGUAUUUAUUCUGAUUUCUUUUCCUAGUGGGGGAUGAAUGGAAUGAGUAUAUGAAAUAACAUACUUUUUAAUAAUUACCACAUACCAUACGUGUUCCAAUAGCACAAACCAUGGAGAUGAGUUAUAGUGGUACUCCUCACAGUUAAUUUCAGCAGCUUACAGAGCAGAUGUCUCCACCUGAGGCAAACAUCUGAACUUAGUUUAGAGCUAAGGGUGAGGUGGUUAAUCAGGGCCCUGAGGCACUGAUGAGCCUGACCAGCCUCAGCUGGGCUCUUCAUCCCCAAUAAAGCUGAGCUGGGAACACUAUUGUUCUUUCUCUCUGAGCUCCAUCAGGAUGCUGGGUCUCAGCUCAACUGCUUGGGGCUGUAGGUGCAGGUCAUCCCAGUCUAUGGAUCAACUUCUUGGCUUGACCGUGAUUCAUUUCAGAGGUCAUGCCUCCCUGGAGGUGCAUGGUGAUUAGGGUUGAAAGGGAAUUUGAAGACCAUCUAGUCCAGUCCCCUCCAUGGGCAGAGACAGCCCCACCAGAUCAGGCUCCAUACAUACUAGCCUUCACCACGUCCAGGGAGGGGGCACCUGCAGCUGUCCUGGGCAGCCUGUGCCAUGAAGAUACCAGCAACAGACAUGUCAAUUGGUUUAAAAGAACUGCCUCUGCUUCAUUGCUUCUAUGGACAGAAGGAAGGAAGAACGCCCUGAUUUGUUCGCUAUGGCAGGGAAAGCUAUUUCCCUGUGUGUUGCUCAAUGAGGAAAAAAAAAAAAACCCAACACAUGCCACUUAUGAAUGGGGGAAAAGGGGUAUUGGCAUCUUUUCUCUAUAAGCAAAUACACCAUAGCUGUGAAGGUAAGGCUGUUUGACUGACAUCAAUGUCAAAGGAGGAGCACAGCCUGCUGCUUCCUGUAUAAAUGUCAGCUCUGCAGGAAGACUCCAAAGCUGCUCUGCUGAACUGGGGACUGUGCAGCAGAAGCCACCAUGAGGCUGACAGUUGUUUUUCUGCUGGUUGCCCUGGCAUCUUACAGCUGCUCUGCAUCUGCUGCUUGUGAUGCUCUGCGUAACUUUGUGCUGUCAGCUCUCCAUGACCCUUUGGAUCAAUACCUGGAAUUCAUCGAGCCCUAUGUGGGGUCUUCUCCUUUGGUCAGAACUGCUGCCACUCAGCUGAAGUUGUGUGCAGAGGAUCACCCAGAAGAGCUGAAGGAAGCAAAAGAAGAGUUGAUGGACAACUUGUUAAAACACUGUGAAGAGCAGGAAUGAUUCCAAGACCCUCCUUUGGGAUGACUCCAAGUGCUGGCUGACCCUGAACUUCCAUCUUCUCAUCUUUCUCCAUUUUUUGGACAUGAACUUCCACACUCUAACAGAAUAGAGCCAACUGUGUUAUCUAGGACCUGCAACCCUAUCUUCAAACCAUUUAGGAUUCUCAUAACAAUAAAAUAAAAGCGGUUACUGUC